GAAUACUAAUACGAAUAUUACAUCCUCGGAGUCAUACUCGCGCCAUGCCAGUCUGUGUGUGCGACAGUACAUAAUACAGUGACAGACAGUAGCAAAGCCAAAGCCAAAGGCUGUAGUGUAACUGUAGCAGUGUAGGGACUGUCUACUGUUUUAUAAAACACUACUUUGUAAGCCCACAACUUCUUUACUUAGACAAGUACUAGUAGUUAGAGUACCAACAAACUAAUUACUUGGAAGAAAGUCAUCAGUUUGAAAAGACUGGGACGGCAGUAUUCCCACCAGUAUUCGUUGGAUGUUACUAGCAUUGUGCACCAGUAGGUGUCCGCUAAUCCACCAGUGAUUUCAGACUAAUCCUCCCCGCGGUAGUUUUUGCAUGAUCACCGUCGGCUGGUACAAGUAUUUUAUGAACUGGCAGUGAUGGAGACUGUCGUGAGUGUUGCUAUUGGUGUGUUGGUGGCGAUAUGCUGUGGAGCAGCGCUGGCAAUCGCUAUGAUCUGCAAGCACCGCUACUGUGGUGCACUGUCGUUUUUGACCGGAAGCCACAAUGCAAGAGCGGAGGUUGCUUUGACUGGGUAUCAUGAUGCUGAACAAAAUGAGGAACUCAUUGAGAAUAUGGAAGAUGAUAAGGACGAAGAUGGUGGUCUAAUACCACAUUGUCUGGAUAUUUUGAAGCUUUGUCAUAAGAUGACUGACCGACUUGUGGCAAUCACGGUCAAGAGUCCAUCCGACCAGCUAUCACCGGAACAACUCAAUGAUAUCAUUGCCGUGGCCAAGAAAAUCACACCAAGAGUGGAUGAUGUAGUCAAGUCACUCUAUCCUCCGCUUGAUCCCAUUCUCAUAGAGGCCAGAGCAACAGCAUUGCACCUAUCCGUUAACCAUCUUGUGCUGGUAUGCAAGUCAGCGCUGGUGUCUAUCAAUGACGAGACAUUGGACUGGGUGGAGGCAGAUUUAGCGUCGAUGAGCCAACACCUAGAAAUGAUCCGUGAGAUAGCCCAGGAUGCUGAGACGGCUAUACAGCAAGUUAACCAGAUGCAGCUACAGGCAGCUGUGCAGAACAUGCAGAGUACGGCAGGCAACAUGGCCGCCAACCAGCCCACUGCUCACUUCAGUAUUCCACAGCAGCGCGUCUUCUUGUCAACGUUGGGUAGCGGUCAGUCCUCGUGAGAAUGCCGAUCAGUAUUUGAUUACCUCGACGGUUUGUCUGACAGUACAUGUACUAGUAUACUGUAGUUUGCAGGAUUGGUGCUGUUCAUGUAUGUUCCCAGUCCGUGUACGUUUCUCAGCUGACCCAUGUGUGCUGUUGUCAUGACAACUGCAUGAUGCCUGUUGCUGGCAUGAUGCCAUGGACAUAGCAAGCAGUGUGUGCGUGUGUGUGUGUGUGUGCGGCUAUCACUUCACCUCCGUGCGUUAUUCCGUGUGCCUUUGUAUGUGCAUGUGUGCAUGUGUGUACUCUGUAUGUGAAGACAUGAUCAUUUUGUUUGAUUGAUUUUUUUAACUCGUCAUUUUCCUUUAUGCAGAGUUUGCGCUUGAGUUUUUUUUAAAGAUUUUCUGUUCUGCUCGAGCGUCUGGUGAACCGCUACUCUCAGUGUACAUGUACAUGUGUGUGCCGUGUUUCACUACUGCAGUCAUGUGCCUGUUCAUCUAUUGUAGUCUGGGUUAGACGGUGCAGCUAAUGAUUUUGCUAUUCCCAAUGGCUGCGGUGUGCUGUAAGCAAGCAGAUAUGCAUGGCUGGCCUUAGGAUCACGAGUCUGUGAGUGUCUAUAGUGGCCAUGGACAUGGUGAGUGUCUAUACUAUAGUGCCCAUGGACAUGGUGAGUGUCUAUAGUGCCCAUGGACAUGGACAUGGUGUGACUCUUGUUGACACAGAACACCUGCGCACAUUGUAAUAUUCAUACUUAUUCGUAGUGUAUUCUGAUCAUCUUGAGCAAACAAAUCAUUAUGGAAGUUGA